GCACACUGGAAAAAGGAGGACAUUAUAAUGCAAGACGACGACAUUUCGUACUAAAGUUGCAAAAGAGAAAAGAAAAUUGAAUUGGGGGGAAAAUUAAACGGAGGAUCAAGCAUUUCUAGGGUUUUAGCAAAUCGUUCGUUGCUUGUGAUUUAGGAAUGGGUAACUCACUCCGUCACUAUCCCAACGAUGGCUCGCCGAGCGAUCCAUGGCAAAUAACGCCGGAGAAAACUGAUCGGAGGGAUGAAAGCAUUGUUCAAACUCCGAUUGCAGAUACUGAAGAAGGAAACUCAGAGAUAUAUUACGACUCGGGGAGUUCAACAAAUAUAGCGUCCCUUCCGGACGAAAUGGUGUUCGAGAUUCUUCUACAUCUCUCAGCUGAACAUAUUUACAGCGAGGCAAGAUUUGUUUGCCAGAAGUGGUACGAUACGACCAAUACUCGUAACUUCAUACACGAACACCUUCGUCGUUCGACUCCGGGACUUGUCAUCAAAUGUGGUAACGACCCCAUGAAGCAACCAAUUACCGUGUCAAUGAGAAGAGGCAGAAUCGAGAUAUCAAAGUUCAGUUACGAGCUCAAAGGCUUUUACUGGUACGGUUGUGAUGGUUUGUUUUUGCACCGUGAUUCUAGUGGCAGUGUGCUUUACAUUACAAAUCCUGCAACCAAUCGGCAUUUCGCACUCCCCGAAUCUGUUAGUUCCACAUCACCCUACAGUUGUUCGUUUCUGGCAUAUGCUUCGACUUCCAUGGCGUAUAAAUUGGUUCAAACAUAUAAUUGCCCGGAUAAGAUUCCAAUUGUACGAGAUUGUGCUGUAUUGACUGUCGGAGUUGACCAGUCAAGGAGGCUUGUCCACACUCAACACUUGUCUACUGCAGCUAGACAGCUUCUAAAAUACAUUCCGUUGACUAUUGAAGGUUUUAUUCACUGGACUAAAAAACCACAAGGCACCGAUCGUGUUGUGACUUUGAAUGUAGAGACUGAAGUUAUUACAGAGACUCGCUUACCUGUAGAUUAUGGAUCAGAAAGAUUGAUGUAUUACUUGUCAACAGGGGCUUCUCUAACUUUACUCGUUGAAUGCAGUGAAUUUUCGUGGGGAUUUUGGAAUUUGAAAUCAGAAACCGGAGAAUGGGCGCAGCUGCCCGAUAUUGACUUGGAAUCUCGAAAGGGCAAAUUGGUAAAUUUUGUCAGUGAAAACCGCCGUCGUUGCUCCUGUCCGGUCAACCUCAGACCAGUAGGUUGGUUGAAUCACGGAGAGGUAUUGGUCUUGCAUGGUUCCCGUUUUUCUGGGGUUUGUGUUCUCUACAAUGUUCGUACACAGGCAAUCGACUUCUUCAUGCUGGAUUACGAAUGUAUUACUCACAUGUUUGAUUCUCAUAGAAGCAGCCUGGUGUCAUUAGAUUAGGUGGAUGCAAUGCAAAUAAGCCCGGAAUGAAAUUGAAUUUAGUUUUUUUUUUUCUCGAAAUUGCUAUGUACUCUCGAGAAGCAGCAUUUCCACCACUUCUUAUAUGCUAUGUACUCUCGAGAAGCAGCGUUUCCACUUCUUAUUUUGCUACGUACUCUCGAGAAGCAGCAUUUCCACUUCUUCUUAUUUGCUGCUUGUGUAGAUGACAAUGUCUCGUUUGGAACUGUCGGUGCUUUUUCGUAGAUAUUCUGAGGAUUAGUUUCCUUUGGCAUCGAUGUUGUUUUUGUGACUUGUAUUGAAGUUGAAGCUUUGCUUU